AUGGGUUUUUUUCAACGAACUUCGAACUGCGGGGCCACCAAGUCAGUAGAUUUUCCACGACAUUUCUCCAGGAAGAAGAGCGGCAGGAACAACUUCGUGUCGGGCAUCCCGGGAUUUUUGGGCCCUGGUUGGUGUACUGGGCCCUGGUCGGUGGUGAAAUUUUUGUGGAGAGGCGUUACGGGAGGGGCCUCGUGUCCAACCCGAGCCGAAGGCGCGCCGGUGAAGCGAGUCCGCGGUCAAAAUGUUAAGGUUUCCGAAGCCACUCCGGUGCACGAGGUCGUUGAACCGGAGUUGCCACGGCAAAUGCGGGAGGCGCCUCGCAUGGAGAUCCAUGUGCCUAUGCCAGAGGCACCAGCACCGAGGGUGGAGGUGAACAUGCCGAUGCCUGAGGCGCAUAUGCCGUCCUCCAUGUCCAGUGGGCGAAGGCAGCAGCCGCCCCCGCCUUCAGCGCCUUCUGUUGUUUCAGCCUUGGACAGGGGUGCGAAGACUGUGAACCACGCCAUGCCGCGCCGCAUGCGCCACGGCCGUGCCGUGGUCGUCACAGUUUUCGCGCUGGGCGCGGUGGCCUUUUGCGGCGCGCCGCGCGGUGGCCGGUUUUCAGCGCAGGGAAGAACGGCCGUCUGUGCCGAGCCGGAUCUGACGUCUGAAGCGUGGAAGGAGAGCGUGUCAGCGGUUGUGGCUGGCAUUGAAGGAAGCAGCGAGGAAGACGCGCAGCAGUGGCUGCAAGCAGGCUUCGCCUGGACACCGAAGAGCCGCCGCUUCUGGCGGAAGCUCCGCCUCGAGGCCCAGCCGCAGCCGGAGGCAGUCAGCGAGACCGUGCGGUGGCUCAAGGAGAAGGACCUGGCGCGGAAGGACUGGGUGAAGAAGUUCCCUGAAGUCCUAGGAUUGGCUGCAGAAGAGCUCAGCUCUGGUCAGAAGACUGCCCCCAGCUAUCUGAAGAGCGAAGUGGCUUACAACAAGGCCAUCCGCUCCAACCCGCAGCUCUUGGGAAAGAACUACGACUGCCUUGCGGAGCAUGAAGCUUGAGACCAGGGAUCAGAGGCAUGGACUAUGGACUGCUGAAGAAGUGAAACAGUUUCUGCCGGCUCGGAAUGGUUCCUGUCGGGAGACGGGUCCUCCAAGCAGAUUCAAGAUGAAGUAUUUUGCUGUGAAACCAUGAAGAUGCUGUUGGUGAUGUUGGUGAUGUUGGAAAAGUUGCUUCAAUGUCCUCGCAACCCCACUGUGACAGAUACAGAUGGGCAAGCUCCUUUGCACCAGGCAGCUGGGGACAUGCAAAACGAAUGCUGCUGCUUCAGGCGGCAGAGAAAGAUGCCCAAGAUGUUGCAGGUCGUUCACCAUUGCACUGUGCAGCCAGCAAUGGCAAUGGGGACUGCGCUGCUUUGUUGAUUCAUCGCUGACACAGACCUGGGAAGGUUUGACUCUGGUGCAGCCCCAUUGCACUUCGCAGCUUUGAACGGCCAUAUGGAAGUAGCUCGUAUGUUGAUUGAGGGUGGAGCUGACACAGAUCUCGCAACGCUUGACUUUGGUGCAACAGCGUUGCAGAUCGCAGCUCAGAAUGGCCAUGCUGAGGUUGUGUUCUUUCUGGGGCAGGACUUGACGUGGAUAGAGUGUUGACAUCUGCUGGAGGAACUCUGGCUCGCAACUGCGGAGCGCAGCGCUUCGCAAAUGGUGCGGGCCAUUGGGAAGUUGUAAUUACGCGUGCUGGUGGAGCCGACGUCGACGAACCCCAGACUCACACUGGACUGGACAAACAGGGUAUGUCGAAGGCGGCUCCACCGUCGUUGCACAUAGCUGCUGAGAAUGGCCACCUCAAAAUUGUAUAAAAUUGUGCGGUUGCUGAUUGAGGCCGGAGCCGAUGUUGACAAAGCUGGAACAGAUCGCGGCAGCGUUCGAACAACCCCUUGGCAGGUCGCAACUCAGAGGGGCCAUGAUGAAAUUGCACUUUUGCUGCGGAUCGCGAUGACAAAUAAAUGACGACUCUUGAGGCUGCCUGGACGUGGCCUGGCAGCUCUAAAAGGAGCUCUUAAAAAAAGAUCUAAAAAGAGUCCGAAGAGACAGAACUGCCCAAAAUGUCCUGACUGAUGAUUCAUGUUUCCUUUCAUGCCUAUGUAAGACGGAGCCAAUGGAUACCAAGGAUUUUUUUUUGCACGACUCUUUGAUUGUGAGUAUAAGCAAAGACUGUGCAGAUAGCCACAGUUUUGCUCCAAACAUGGCCGAAGAUGACUCAUGAGGGAAGCCUCUCGCGAAAGAAAACAAGUCCAUGCUUUUGCUCGUCAAAUAUCAAUCAAGAAUUUGAUCCGCAUAUCUCUGGCGGACUACUACCCCCAUCUUGAUUGGAGAACAUGGG